AUAAUUUUAUUGGACAAGCUUAUUCAAGUAAAACAAAUUAUGAAUUAGCAUUAAAAAAUUAUGAAACGGCGCUAGAAUUACAACUAAAAUAUAAUCCAGACAACCUCGAUUUAUUAUCAACAUGUUAUCAUAAUAUUGGAUUGCUUCAUAAAGAGAAAAAAGGAGACGCUAAUAUUUCAUUAGCACUCAAAUAUUAUGAAGCAGCAUUACAGUUAGGAUUAAGUUCAUCCGAACGGGAUGAAUGUCUUAUUGCAACAACUAUAAAUAACAUAACAACAUUAAGACCAAAUACAGAUCCGAAUCAAAUAGAUAAUUCGAUAGAAAAUUUAAAACUAGUUUUAGACAUAAGAUCAAAAUAUUUACCGGAAGCUCAUCCCUUAAUUGGUAUUACACAUAGUACACUUGGCGAAGCAUACUGUGCAAAGGGUGAUUAUUCGCUCGGAUCAAAACAUUUCGAACAAUCAUUAAAAAUUAAACAAAAAUAUUUACCAGAAAAUCAUCCAUCAAUAAUAAUAACGUAUUUUGAUAUAGCACGAUUAUAUCUCGAUAAAGGACACUUAGAAAAUAUUUUUAAUGAUACUCAAAACGGUAAUAACUCUUUUCUUCUCAGUUUACACUAUUAUCAACAUAUUCUUCAAUCAACAUCUCCAAAUUAUGAAAAUAUAGCACUAAUUUACAAUAAUAUGGGUCUGAUUCAUACUCGAAUGAAUCAAUUUGAGAAAGCUUUUAACUGUUUACAAUUUGCGAAAAACAUAUAUGAUCAGUAUUUACCAAGUGAUCAUAUAAAUCUUGGUGCAUGGUAUAAAAAUAUGGGUAAGGUUUACACAUUCAAAGGUGAUUAUCAGCAAGGUCUUGAUUAUUAUAAAAAAGCAUUAGAGUUUUAUCACACAAUAACAACAAGUGAAAAAGAAAUAUAUUAUGCAUUAAUUUAUUUUAAUAUUGGUGAGUUGUAUGAAUUAAGUCAUAAUUUCAUAGAUGCGUUAGAAUAUUAUCAGAUAUCAUUAGAACUAGUUUCAAAAAUUCAACCAUCUACACAUAAAGAUCUAUUAGAACCAAAAUAUGCUAUUGAAAGAUUAAAGAAAAAUCGGAAAAAAUCAUAUAGAAAAUGUUUUCGUUGUUCAUGUUCUUAG